AUGGGAGAAACUCGUUUUAUCGAUCAGUAUCUUCUUGAUUGCAAAGAGAUGUGUUCAGAUUUUGAACCACUUGGUAAGAGUAGUUUAUUUACUAUUCUUGAUACUUGUAAAGCAUCAACAAGAAAGUCUUUACAAGGUAUUAAUUACUUUGCAGCUGAAGCUGGAGAAGCAUUUGAUGGUUUACGAAAAAUGAUUGAAGAUAAAGUUGCUCUUUGUAGUGAUAGUGAACGACUUAUUGAGAAUUUGAAACGUGCUCGAUUUUAUUUGAAAUCUGAUUAUAAAGUGCACACUAAAGGAGGAAUUGUUUAA